AUGACAAGUUCCAUCGUCGAAUCCUCGGAGGUUCACACGGGUCAGCUACGAUGGUACAGACUGAACAACCCCUCUGUGCAGAACUUUCUUAUGGCAUGCGUUCUGUUUUGCAACCCAGGGCUUUACUUGGCAAUCUUGGGACUCGGGGCUGGAGGUGGUCAGGCGUCAUCGCUUUUAAUGGCUCAAGUAUCUAAUGCGUGUCUAUACGCCGUAUUUGCGGUGACUGGAAUCCUAGGCGGCACAAUUUUGACAAAGAUCGGCCCUAGAUGGACUGUGCUGCUCGCUAUUUCCGGAUACCCUCUCUAUACUGGUUCUCUUUGGUACUUUGACAAGUCGGGUGGCCAGCUUUGGUUUCCGCUUGUCUCAGGAUGCUGGCUUGGUUUCAGUGGUGGCUGUCUUUGGACCACUGCCAGCUUCAUUGCGAACGUCUAUGCAUCCGAAUCUGAAAAGGGGGCGUUUAGAGCUAUUCAGUGGACGGGAAACUCGGUCGGUGCCACCGUCGGGGCUGGUAUUGCCCUCGCCAUUAACUUCAAUGCCCAAACCCCCUCAACGCCCCAAAGCGUCUACAUCAUAUUUAUUGUUCUCCAAUGUGCAUCAGCUAGUUUCGCGCUUUUGAUGAUCGACCCCAACAAGCUCAUCAGACCCGACGGCACGCCUGUAGCUGUCUUCCGGCCUACAACACUUAAAGAGAGCAUAGUCGCUCUCGGUUCAAUGUUCAAGGACUGGAGACUGAUCCUUAUGCUGCCCGCCUUCUUCACUCCAGAGGCUUUCAUCGUUCUUCAGUCUUCACUCAACGCAUACGCCUUCAAUCUCCGUACGCGGAGCCUGAACAACGUUUUGUCGUAUGCGUGCCAGAUCCCGGUGGCUUUGUUUGUGGGAUAUGUUCUUCUAGACAAUAAGCGACUGGGGUCCAGACGCAGGCGAGGUCUUCUUACCAUCGGCUUUGAUGCGAUUUGGAUUACCGGAACAUAUAUCGCUCUUACCCUCUGGCUUCACAGCUGGGGGUUUGAUAGGAGCAUACCCGGUCCAAACAUUGACAUAACAGACGCGGCUUGGCCCGGCGCGGUAGCCAUCUACGUUUUGUACGGUUCUCAGUAUGGCAUUUUCCAAAAUACUGUGCUCUGGGUACUGGGCUCGAUGAGCAACGAACCAAAGUUGAUGGCACACUUGGGCGGUGUUAUGGUUUGCUGUACAGCGGUAUCUUUCGGCAUCGACUCAGCCAGCGUCCCUUACGAAGCUGAAAAUGGCCUCUGGUUCGCUCUUAGCACAUUGACUUGGCCCAUCCUGGCCUUUGUGACAUGGAAGUAUAUUCGUCCCACGAAUUAUUUCGUGGAGGAAGGGGUUGGAAUUCCAGUGGAGAUGCAAAAUGGGCAACUAGAUUCUCAAAAGAAGAUUGAAGCAGAGAAAGGGUUGAAUGUUGUCAAUGUUGAGACUGGUGCUGUCUGA